CCCCCCCCUGCCCUGCCCAGCCGUAGUUUCUCCUGCUUUUACUCAGUCGCUGUAGCAAUUGCUGCACUAACUAUCUCCCUGGGUUUGAAUUCUUGUGUGCAUAUUCUCUUGUGCGCUUGAUUUGGAUUGAAGCUGAGGUGGAGGGAGCCGCGAGUAGGAGCUUGCGACGUGGUGGAGUGUGUGAGCGGAGGUUUGUGGGUGAUGAUCGUUUUGGAGAGGGGAGAAGGUGUUGAGAGUGUGCGAGGACGAAGAUUUCAGCGUGUGUGAUCUCAAACAGGGACCGAAUGCAGAGGCAGAGUGAUUGCGCUGGGUUUGAGUGAUUGGCCGGCGUGGAAUGGGAGGUUUUGAGCAGGGAUGGAUCUUGGGGUGGUGAUGAGGAGUUGUUAACGUAGUGCCGUAGGUAGGUGUUGGCGUUUGAUUUCUCAUGCAGUUGGAAACCCGGAAGAUUGGUGCUUCUCGUGGGCUGGCGGUGUGACAGUGCAUGCACUGUGUGGGCGUGUUUGUUUUUGAUUAACUGCUUUUUAGGGUUAGGUUGUGUGCUCUUCGCGGGGAAGGUGUUAUAUCGUGCAGUUUGAAUGCGAAAUAUCUUUGUUUUGGGUCACGGGGGUGUUGGACCCUCUUGUUUAUGAACAGGGCCUAAAUCCAAGGAUGUAAUCGCCUCGUUUGGGUGACAAUAUUGGGGGGGUUUAUGUUAACAUGAGAUUUUGAGAUCAAACGGAGUUUGCUUCGACUUGUGUACACAUCAUCCGGGUACGAGAAAGGUCUAAAUUUUUCUGGACCCUCUGGUCUGAGACUGGUGCCACUGCCUACAAUGCCAUAGAUGUAUGUAUUUACACCUAUUGCAGAGAUCACAAUUGGAGCUGGCGCGGUUAGCGGCUCAUUCUGAAAAUGAAAUAUAGGGUUAAAUUGGCUUAUCUCUUUUUGAAGUUUGAGUGAAAGAAGGGGGAUACGAUAGUGGGGAAGAUGAGUGCUGGAACAGCAGCAACCAAGAACACAGAUGUAGCACGGGAUCCACCAUGGCUUCAUGUACGACGAGAGGUGUUCGAGUAUGGCAUCCUGCCACUUCCCAGCCUUGUGCACAGUGAUGUAGUGACAGGUCUGAGAAACUUUCGGGUCAAAUUGCUCCAACAGGCUCCUCCCAUUUCUACAUGGUCUUUGAGCAUCAGUUCGGAUGCGUCGUAUACCUCUCCAGCUUCGGGCGGUAGGAAACGCGUGGCCACCGCAGGCAUAGCAACUGCCUUGGAAGUUACUGAAGCGCAUGCGCAGUUGAUGCUCGACACCUUGGCAUCUGUUUUAAACGAGGAGGGAGGAGUCGUGGACUCCCUGGCCAUCGCACCAGCGACCGAAAUCGACUCCGUUGGUGUUGAUGUUGACGAUCUAUUGAUAUUUCUAUACAUUCAAACUUAUCGAAGGGUUCCGUCUCGCCCACACCGAGGUGCUGCUGAUGUCGCUGAUGUGUGGCCUUCCACCUCUGCAAUUGAUAGAUUUCUUCCUUCCCCGUCUCCUAUGCAGGUGAGAUCAUCUACAGUGUCCCGACGUUCGAUGCCAGGUCAGGCAGAGGAGGAAGUCAACCAGCUUACAUAUGUGCAGAAGCACUUACCGAAUCUCCUAAGCCUCUUGGCAGAAACAACCGAAGAAGGGGAAGGCUGUUGCAAGGUUAUAACUGCCAAGAAGUUUGAGCACCUUGGACUUCUUCUGAAAGCAAAAAAUGCAAGCUUAGAGUAUGUGCCCUUAAGUCAGGCAGCGCCUUUUUUCGCUAACUCAGACCCAGACAUGCCGGCAGCUCCUGUGCCCGUAACGCAAGUUCUAGAAUGGGUUCAACAGCACAUAUGUGCUGCAUCAGAAAGUUUGCGAGCAAUCCCUGUGGGCAAAGUCGAGAAGGUAGUAACUGAUAUUCAUCUCUCAGAGAGUGGUUCUGUAGAGAGCGUACCAUCAGAGGCCGCAGAUGUGACAAUGGCUGACGUUUCUGUCAGUUCUGUUAAUGUGGCAUCUAGUGCCCAAACUAUUCUUGUACCAAAUGGAGUACUGCACUUGUCGAAAGACUGGCGCCCGGAGGGUACGACUUUUGUGGAUGGGGUCAUGCGGGCAUCAGUCUUGAGGAGAGAAGAUGAUAUCAAGGGCGAUUCUGUGAAGGUAUCUCACUGUCAUGAUGCAGUUGUGUAUGUUCUUGCACCGCUUAAAUAUGUCUCGGUGUUUGGUUGUUCGGACUCCAUCAUUGUACUAGGAGCUGUUGGAAAGGCAGUUCGGGUGGAGUACUGCGAGAGAGUUCAACUUAUUGUCCCGACAGCUCGUAUUACUAUCGCUAAUUGCCGUGAGUGUACGUUUUAUCUUGGAGUGAACCAACGUCCUUUGUUUACUGGUGAUAAUCACAACCUCCAGGUGGCUCCAUAUAAUACGUUCUAUCCAAAAUUGGAAGCUCAUUUGGCACAAGUUGGAGUUGAUGCUACAGUUAAUAGAUGGGACCGGUUACUGACUUUGGGGAUGGUAGACCCUCAUGAUGCUUUUAUUCAUCCUGCUGAUUGUACGGAUACACGAUCUGAAGGAGCAACUCUACUCUCACCAGAGAAAUUUAUGACAUUUUCGGUUCCUAGGUGGAAUGAAGCCGAUUCUGAGAUGCUUCUUACUCGGGCUAAUCCUUUCUUGCUACCCAAGCCAUAUCUUCUUGCUCAGCAGCACAGGUGUAAAGCAGCUGAGAAUCUAAAGCAAAAUCUGAAGACCAUCACGCUUGAGGAAGGGAAGAAACGGGGGGUGAUUUUGGCUAUUCAUGGGCAUUUCCGCGACUGGCUUUUUGCCUCUGGUAAUAUCCGACAAAUAUAUGAGCUUCAAGCACUGGAUAGGUUGGACAGCGUAGGCAUGGAGUAGAGUUUCCAGCACUGAGAUUUAUUGUCCAUGUUCACAAUCUUUGUUGAUUGUUCCAAUACAUGACCAGUUCGCUACUUUGGUAGAGGCGACCAGGUUGCGUUAGAUUUUCUGUUGGUGAUUUAUGCACUCCAGACUUCGGUGAGGCAAAAUUGAGCUAAGGGUUCUUUAUGCCUCUCUGAAAGCAGAAAUUUGCUUGGUGUUUGGGGUCAGUCGUAGUUCCGUAACGACGUUGGAUGAAGAGAUUCAAUUCACGACUAAAAGAUAUGAUGUAAUUGGCAGAUGGGGUGCUAUAGUUUCUUCGUUUGGCAGGUGGGGACUGGUUACCAAGUAGCUCCUACAUUAUUUGUUUACAUACGAGGUUUUUAUUUCAGGAACUUUGCAACAGAUUUAGGUACGAAAGGAUUGGGUCGUCAAUUGAGGCUUUAAAUCUACGUGAACAUAAGAUCCAAAUGAUAAUCCGCAUUCUGCUUUAUAAAGCUGAUGCUGUUUCUUCAGGCACUGCUGUGCUGAUAAAUAUCAAAUACCAUUUCGCUUGGGUCUGAUCA